AUAUCAACUCCCUGUCCAACUUAGUCACCGGUUUCGACCUCAUUACCUUCGCUUUACACAUCAACUGUCACCCAGAUCUACACUGCAUAUACAUAGCCCCUCGCCAACCCAAAUUCCUCGUGUUCCCCCGCUAAACCUCGCAUUGGAGAGCACUGCCAGCGACUUCCAUCUGCACCCUGACGUUUUGCUACACCAACUACGCCGUACGGCUCACUUUCCACUUUCGCUAAAUCCUUUCCUCCUCCCUCGAGAGCAAUGGCUGGUCCCGGUGGUGGUCCUUCGAGGCGCAGUCAUACAAAGUCCCGAAAGGGCUGCAAGACUUGCAAGAGGAGACACAUUCGCUGUGAUGAGACUUUUCCGCAAUGCCGCAACUGCACAAAACACCAAGUGCGCUGCGACUACAUGGACAGUCCCACGGCCAUGAUGCCAGAUUCUCCCCAGUCCCCUCAGCAACCCAAUCUGCUGUGGACGCCUGAAAUUGAGGCCACCAUUGAACUGUGGAGACAAACUGGGGAGUUUCCCUUCCCCGAGCUUCGUGUUUACCCGCAACCACAAUGGCGCGCCUUGACGACGGUUGACCUCCGUCUGGUACACCACCUCUCUUCCAUCUCGAGCGAAAUGUUCAGGAACAGGACUUCCAAAUCCACUCUGUGGACAGACAUGAUGCCCAAAUUUUUGAGCAUUGCUGCGUCCCAUUCAUUCGUUAUGCACAGCAUUCUUGCCUUCUCUGCCUCUCAUUUGGCCUGGAUAUCUCAGUCGACUGAGACACGAAACCUGGCCUUUCAUCACGCGAGCAUUGCUCUCAAAGGCCUGCACGAUGGCAUCGCCAACUUCACCAAGCUCAACUCGGACGCGGUCCUUGCAUCGUCCCUCCUACUAGCCUGGCAGGCAACCGACUGGCGCGGCUGGGCUUCCCUCAUUACUGGCACAAAAACUGUUAUUCAGGCCAUGCAGCCAUGGAGACACGAGUCUUUGUUUGCCGACUACAUUGCCGAACACACCCCUAUGCCCAACCGCCACUUUAUGAAUCCUAGCAACACGCCGAUAAAUGCAGAAGCACGACGAGAACAGCUCAACGUUCUGAUCGACAUCCAUGCUUCAUUACAACGAUUGCAACCUUACUUGGUCCGAAAUGAUCAAGAAUCCAAAUGGGUAGACCAACUCAAGGGCUACCUCGACCGCCUGCGAUCAUCGGCUCAGCCACAGACACCUGAAGAGCAAUUCAACCAGUUGUAUGCAUUGCGCAAGUGGUUGUUCUGGGUACCAAUCUCGCUACUAGCUGCGAAACGCGGAGACGUCAACGUGCUGGUUGUCUUGGCCCACUUCUACGCCACGGCGCUGGCUCUCGAGCCCAUGUUUCCAGACGUCGCAUCUGUUCUAGUUGCAGAUUUGUCUCUCCGCCCCCUCGAGGAGAUUAACCAACUAGUGCAAGGAUACCAGGACCCGCGAUACGAUUCACGCAUGCAGACAAUGUCCUACCUCGUACAGUUCCCGGUGGAUAUGGUAUCUUCAUACAAGACUCGACGAGAAUGGUCACGGCAGCAGAUGGCAGCAACGUCUCCCAUUCAACAACAACAACAACAACAACAACAAUCCACGUAUGGACUGGAGUCGAUCAACCAGGAUAUCGAGAAUCAAAUUGCACAGUACAGUUAUGGACAGAGUCUGUCUCCAGCGUUUGCUCCUUCGCCGCUUACGUUCAUGCCGCCUAGCAUGAGCUCGACGCCAACAUCGCCGUACCUCGAAGUGCCACGAGCCGUGCCUGUUGAUUCAUAUGGGCCGACUAGCGCUUAUGCCGGCACAGCUAGCAGCUACGCAUCGUCGAAUAGUUAUGCGUCCCCACUAGGCUCUCCUGCAGCGGUGCUGCCGCCGUACUCUGCUCCUCAGGAACAAGCAUUCACAUCGUUUGGAAUGCAGUCUGGCUAUCCCAGCGGGUUCGUGGCUACACCUAUCUGGACGUGA